UUCGUUAUUCGUUUUUUGUUUUCGAACUUUUCGCUUCUGGGGAGUUUGAGAGACUUGGGUCAUUGGCGUAGUUGCUGGCAGCUGGAACGCAAGAUAUAGCCGAGCCCUCCACGACAGAGCGAAUCUACGUAUCCCAACGGCAACAAGGGCAACAGCGUUCCGGGAGCACUUUUCACCUUCCCGCCCACUUAUUCAACAAAAUGUCGACUCCCGCAACGGCGAAGGUAUUAGCAGCCGCAUUAUCCGGCAGCGGGACCAACCAGUCCGGCAAACCUUACAACAACGCCAAGGAUGCGGUACUUGCAACGAAAAUGGCCAGCGAGGCAAAGAAGCAGGCUGCGGCGUCGAAGAAGUAUGAUCGGGCUGGGGAUAGUAGUUUUCCUAUUCGGAAUAUCGAAGACAAGAAACUGAAAGCGAAAUUGACAAAGACCGAGAAAGCCGCGAAAGCAGCAGCAUGGAAAGCAGCACAGGCCGAGUUCCUGCUGCCGGAGGAAGCCGGAUACCUCGAAGCCGAAGGCCUCGAAAAGACAUGGAAGUUUACACAAAAGCAGCUGAAAGACAACGUCGACGCCAGCACCACCCAAAAGAUGUUUAGCCUGAAACUGGACGACUUCGGACCCUACAGCCUCGACUAUACCCGCAACGGGCGCAACAUGCUGAUCGGAGGGCGGAAAGGGCACAUUGCGACGUUUGACUGGAAGACGGGGAAGCUGGGGUGCGAGCUGCAGGUGAAAGAGACGACGCGGGAUGUGGCGUGGCUGCACAACGAGACGAUGUUCGCGGUUGCGCAGAAAAAGUACACGUACCUAUACGACAACACGGGGAUGGAGAUCCACUGCCUGCGGUCGCAUAUCGAGGUUAAUAGGCUCGAGUUCCUGCCGUACCAUUUCUUGCUCGCGACGGUCGGGAAUGCGGGAUACUUGAAGUACCAGGACACGUCGACGGGGAAGUUGGUGGCGGAGAUGAAGACGCGGCUGGGGAAGUGCGACACGAUGACGCAGAACCCGCACAAUGCGAUUAUGCAUCUCGGACAUGCGAAUGGGACGGUGACGCUGUGGUCGCCGACGGUGACGGCGCCGCUGGUCAAGAUGCUGUGCCAUCGCGGGCCGGUAAAGUCGAUUGCGAUUGAUAGGGCGGGACAUUACAUGGCCACAGCUGGUCUGGAUGGUCGCAUGAAGUUGUGGGAUCUGAGGACGUAUAAGGAGCUGCAGUCGUAUUACACAAAGAGCCCGGCUUCAACGCUGUCGAUAUCGCAGCAGGGGCUGUUGGCUGUCGGUUACGGACCCAACGUUAGCAUCUGGAAAAACGCCUUUCUAACAAAACAAAAGGAACCCUACAUGACCCACCUCUCCCCCAGCACCACCAUCCAGUCCCUCCGUUUCUGCCCCUACGAAGAUGUCCUCGGUAUUGGGCACACCUCCGGCAUCUCCUCCAUUGUGGUGCCCGGAUCCGGUGAGCCCAACUUCGACACCAUGGAAGCUAACCCCUUCCAGACAAAGAGCCAGCGGAGGGAGACGGAGGUGCAUGCCCUGUUGGAUAAGAUCCAGCCGGAGAUGAUUACGCUGAAGGCUGACUUUGUUGGGUCUGUGGAUCGGGCGCCGGCGGAGGUUAUUGCGGAGGAGGCGAGGAUUGAGUGGGAGGCAAACCACCCCGGCCAGAAAUUUGUCCCCCAGCACAAAAAGCGCGGCAAAUCGUCAGCAAUGCGGCGAUACCUUCGUAAACAGACCAACGUCGUUGACGAAAAGAGGAUUGAAAUCCGUGAACAACUCGAAAAACAACAAAAGGAACGGGAAGCUGCCGAAAACGAGCGGAAACGGGCGCGUUCGAGUGAUGCUGGUGGGGGUGACGGAGAGGAGAAAGCCAGGAGUGGGUUGGAUCGGUUUGCUAAGAGGGCCAAGACGUAGGAGAUAUGGCGUGAAAAGCUUGGGAAAAGGGGGGAAGGGCCAGUGGGUAAUUUAUUCGUUUCGUAGCAUUUUUUGUUGUAGCAUUCAUCAUGUACAUAAUAUAGAGAAGUCGUAGGCGGUUCCGUUAC